ACAAGGUGCAUCGAGCCAAGGCAACCAUUAUACAACUGCAAGUACACGUCGAGGCCUUGCUGCCGCGGACCCUAGCGGCCCUACAAUUUUUGAUGUCACGGCCCACGGUGCUGUUGCCGAUGGCACAACCGAUAAUAUGGAGGCAUUUAUGCAGACUUGGAAUCUAGCAUGUAAAAAUGCAGGUGCAGCAAAGAUGGUGAUUCCGAAAGGGGAAUUUUUGGUUGGGCCUGUGGUAUUUCAAGGUCCAUGCAAAGGCCCACAACCGAUAGUAAUUGAAGUUCAGGGAACCGUGAAAGCCAUAACAGAUAUAAGUGAAUAUUCAUCCCCCGAAUGGUUCUCCUUUGAACAUAUCGACGGCCUGACUAUCACCGGUUCUGGAACUUUUGAUGGCCAGGGUGCCACUCUUUGGAAAUAUAACGACUGCAAGUUAAACCCCAAUUGUGCCCCUCUCCCCACUUCGCUGAAGUUCAAUAGGGUGAACAACAGUGUUGUGGAGGGGAUAACAUCGUUGAACAGCCAAUUGUUCCACACCUACACGUAUGCAUGCAACAACUUUACAUUCCAUGAUGUCAAAAUUAGUGCUGAUGGGGAGAGCCCUAACACCGAUGGCAUUCAUCUGAGCACCUCCAGUUUUGUCAAUAUAACCAGCUGCGUCAUCGGAACCGGCGAUGAUUGUGUUGCCAUCGGACAAGGCACUCACAAUAUCACCGUCUUUAACACCACUUGUAACCCCGGCCAUGGCAUUAGUGUUGGCAGCCUUGGCAAGUAUCCGACUGAUAAGAGUGUGAGUAAUAUUUAUGUGAAAAACUGCACUUUACGAAACACAAUGUACGGUGCCAGAAUCAAAACUUGGUCUGGGAAAACCACUGGUACAGCAACCACAAUCGUCUACGAAGAUAUCAUAGUUGACAAUGUCAAAAACCCUAUUAUCCUUGAUCAAGAUUAUGGACGAAAUAACGCGGAGCCAUCGAAGUGGAAGGUGAGCGAUGUUCAUUUCAGGAACUUCAAGGGAACAUCGGUGACAAACGUGGCCGUAACAUUAGCAUGCAGUUCAGCGAUGCCCUGCGAAGGCGUAGAGUUGGCAAACAUCGAUAUGAGGUACGGAGGAUCUAAAGCUAAAAUGGCAACGGUUUCGUCGUCGUGUGCAAAUGCCAAAACUACUCAUUCGGGUGUGCAAAAUCCACCACCUUGCAGCGGUUCAGCCCCAGCGGCCCCAGGCGCCGAAGCCCCUGCAGCCCCUGACGCCAAAGCUCCUGCAGCCCCUGACGCCAAACCCCCUGCAGCCCCAGACACCAAACCCCCUGAAGCCAGCCCUAGUUAGUUAAAUUUUGUCCCCUUAUCAGUUUCUUCUUUUUAAUUAGUUUGACAUCAAAUCAAAUUCGAUGUCCACAAAUUAAAAAUGAAAAAUGAAAAUUUUAAGAUAUUUUUAAUUAGUCUUCUUUUUUUUCUUUUUUUCUUUUAAAAAAACAAAAAAAACAAAACAUUGUAUAUCUACACAUGCAUGACCGUGCCGGCACACUUACAGUACACACAUGUAAUUAAGCUGCAAAUUUUGGUGAGUCGAUUGAGUUUUCCCAAAUUAAUUGUGGACCGAAUUUUUAUUUUUAUUUUU